GUCGCUCAAACAAGACCACAUAACUAAUAACACUUUUUCCCAAGAUAAAACAUUACAAGUGGCAGCAACUCAUUUGACAUUCAUCCACACAAUCUAGAUAAGAAAUAGAUCACACCCUUCACCAUAACCACUUCAAACUAAAAACCCUACAACAACCAACACUUGUUGAUCAGUUGCUUCUAACCAAAUCACAUAUUCUCAAUCCACAACAAAUGGCUUCAAUGACAAUGGCUUCCACCUUCCUCACCGGAUCAGCUGCCAUUGCAGCCACCAAGCAGCCCAACACCAACACCAGCCGCCGUGGGUUGGUGGUGAUGGCCAAUGGGUCAAAGGUGGCCGGAGCUGAGAAAGUUGUGGUGGAUGAAAACAAGGCUGGAAGUGGCCGGAGGGACAUGAUGUUUGCGGUUGCGGGUUUGGCUGUGUUAUCUGUGGCUAAAGUUGCAUUGGCUGAUGAUGAGGAGCCGAAGCGUGGGACUGAAGCUGCUAAGAAGAAGUAUGCGCCGGUCUGCAUCACGAUGCCGACCGCUCGCAUUUGCCGGAACUAGGUGCAUUUGGUAUCGUUUGUGCAUUGAUCAUAUGUAAAACUCAUUAUGUUUUUGCUUAUUUAUUUGAUGGUGUCCCCGGAAAAACAAAUGUUUAUUAAUAUUAUCCCUUUUGAUAUCGUUAUUAGUUAAA